CCCGUGUGGGCCGAUCUUAACCCCAAAGCGGUCACCAACGAUGAACUUUUCGGCAUUAUAAAUCCAGCCACACGCGAAUGGAAAGACGGGCUGUUUUCUAAUAUCAUGCGUGAGCUGGCUAACAUCAGUCACAAUGGACCCAAGUGGAUUGUCCUGGACGGUGAUAUUGAUCCGAUGUGGAUUGAGUCACUGAACACAGUAAUGGAUGAUAACAAGGUGCUGACACUGGCGAGUAAUGAGAGGAUCCCUCUGAAUCCAACCAUGAGGCUGUUGUUUGAGAUUAGCCACCUACGCACUGCCACGCCAGCGACCGUCUCCAGAGCUGGCAUUUUGUACAUCAACCCUGCAGAUUUAGGCUGGAAUCCACCAGUGUCGAGCUGGAUUGACAAGAGGGAAGUCCAAUCAGAGAAGGCCAAUCUGACCAUUUUGUUUGACAAGUACCUCCCACCAUGCCUGGAUACCCUCAGGUCAAGAUUCAAGAAGAUCAUUCCAAUACCUGAGCAGAGUAUGGUCCAGAUGCUCUGUGACCUCCUGGAAUGUCUUCUCAUCCCAGAACACACUCCUCCAGACUCCCAUAAAGAUAUCUAUGAGCUCUACUUUGUCUUCGCAGCUGUUUGGGCCUUCGGAGGGACCAUGUUCCAGGAUCAGCUCGUGGAUUACAGGGUGGAAUUCAGUAAGUGGUGGGUGACGGAGUUCAAAACCAUUAAGUUCCCAGCUCAAGGCACUGUAUUUGAUUACUACAUUGAUCCCGAGACAAAAAAAUUUGAGCCGUGGACAAAACUGAUUCCGAAAUUUGAGAUGGAUCCAGACAUUCCUCUCCAGGCCUGCCUCGUCCAUACUACAGAGACCAUCCGUGUGCGCUAUUUCAUGGACCGUCUGUUGGAGAGAAGGCGACCAGUUAUGCUGGUAGGCAAUGCUGGCACUGGAAAGUCUGUUCUGGUGGGAGACAAACUUGGUUCCUUGGACCCUGAGAAGUACACGAUCAAAAAUGUCCCCUUCAACUACUACACUACUUCAGCCAUGUUACAGGCUGUUCUGGAAAAACCUUUAGAGAAGAAGGCUGGGAGGAACUACGGGCCGCCCGGCAACAAGAGGCUCAUAUACUUCAUAGAUGACAUGAACAUGCCGGAAGUGGACGCGUACGGCACCGUUCAGCCUCACACCCUUAUCCGUCAACACAUGGAUUAUAACCACUGGUACGACAGGAGCAAGCUGCAGUUGAAGGAGAUCCACAAUGUGCAGUACGUGUCUUGCAUGAAUCCCACUGCGGGCAGCUUCACCAUCAACCCCCGACUGCAGAGGCAUUUCUCCGUAUUUGCUCUCUCGUUCCCCGGAGUGGACGCCCUAAACACCAUCUACUGCAGCAUCUUAAGUCAACACCUCCGCGGUGAAGGAUUCACACAAGUUCUUCAGAAGAGCUGUUCUCAACUAGUCCAGAUGGCCUUAGCGUUUCAUCAGCGCGUGACCGCCACGUUCCUGCCAACUGCCAUCAAAUUCCACUAUAUCUUCAAUCUUCGUGAUCUCUCCAACAUAUUUCAGGGCAUCCUUUUUUGCAACAGUGAGUGCUUGCGGACCCCUCAGGACCUGGUAAAGAUUUACCUUCAUGAGUCCAACCGAGUAUACCGUGACAAGAUGGUGGACGACAAAGAUUUUGCAGCAUUUGACAAGCUACAGUCCGACACGGUGAAAAAGUUCUACGAGGAUAUGGAGGAGGCCCUGGAGGAGACCAAGGCGAUGAAUAUGUACUGCCACUUUGCCACGGGCAUUGGCGAGCCCAAAUACAUGGAAGUGCAAUCCUGGGAGAGCUUGAACAAGACCCUGCUGGAAGCACUUGACAGUUACAAUGAAGUCAAUCCUGCUCUAAACCUUGUUCUCUUCGAGGAUGCUAUGUCACAUAUUUGCCGUAUCAAUCGGAUCCUGGAGUCUCCUAGGGGAAAUGCUCUGCUGGUUGGAGUUGGAGGCAGCGGUAAGCAGAGUCUCACAAGGCUGGCAGCGUUCAUAAGCUCUCUGGAGGUCUUUCAGAUCACUCUGAAGAAAGGAUAUUCCAUACCCGAUCUAAAGAGCGAUUUGGCUGCAUUGUACGUCAAAGCUGGCGUGAAGAAUAUUGGCACGGUGUUCCUCAUGACAGAUGCCCAGGUCGCAGAUGAGAAGUUCCUAGUGUUGGUGAACGACCUGUUAGCAUCUGGUGAAAUCCCAGACCUCUUUCCUGAUGACGAGGUGGAGAACAUCAUCGGUUCUUUAAGAAAUGAAGUGCGUGGCCUGGGUCUCAUGGACACAAGGGAAAACUGCUGGAAGUUCUUCAUCGACCGCGUUCGUAGGCAACUCAAGGUAGUCCUGUGUUUCUCACCUGUGGGAAACAAGCUAAGGGUACGCAGUCGAAAAUUCCCAGCGGUGGUAAACUGCACUGCCAUCGACUGGUUCCACGAGUGGCCACAGGAGGCCUUGGAGUCGGUCAGUCUUAGGUUCUUACAGGAAGUAGAGCACAUUCAGCCAGAGGUCAAGGACUCUGUGAGUAAGUUCAUGGCUUAUGUUCAUGUAAGUGUGAACAAGAUCUCAAGGGACUACUUGGCCAAUGAGAGGCGGUACAACUACACUACACCCAAGUCCUUCCUGGAGCAGAUCAAGCUAUAUCAAAACUUGCUGGCACUUAAGAGAAAGGAUCUCACCAUGAAGAUGGAACGGCUGGAAAAUGGCUUGGAGAAGCUCAACAGUACCACUGCUCAGGUGGACGAUUUGAAGAACAAGCUGGCAGCGCAGGAAGCCGACUUGAAGCUAAAAAAUGAGAGCGCAGACAAACUGAUUCAGGUGGUGGGUGUGGAGACCGAGAAGGUGGCCCGUGAGAAGAAAGUAGCUGAUGAAGAGGAGCAGAAAGUAGCCUGCAUUGCUGAGGAAGUGACCCGAAAGCAGCGAGACUGUGAGGAGGACCUGGCUAAGGCUGAACCUGCUCUUAUAGCAGCUCAGGAGGCAUUAAACACACUCAACAAGAACAAUCUGACAGAACUGAAGUCUUUCGGCUCCCCUGUGGUCGCUGUCACCAAUGUAACGGCAGCUGUCAUGGUGCUCACAGCGCCCGGGGGUCGAGUUCCAAAGGACCGCAGCUGGAAGGCAGCAAAGGUGAUGAUGGCAAAGGUCGACAACUUCCUAGAUGAUUUAAUACAUUUCAAAAAGGAAAACAUCCAUGAGAACUGUCUCAAAGCCAUCAGGCCAUACCUGGAGGACCCAGAGUUUAAGCCCGAGCUGGUAGCAGCGAAGUCUAAGGCCGCAGCUGGCCUCUGUUCUUGGGUCAUCAACAUUGUGACGUUUUAUGAGGUUUACUGCGAGGUUGAGCCUAAGAGGCAGGCCCUGAGCAAAGCCAACGCUGAGCUCGCCGCUGCACAGGAGAAACUCACCAUCAUCAAAGCAAAGAUCAAACAUCUUAAUGAGAACUUGGCAAAGCUGACUGCGAAGUUUGAGAAAGCGACAGCAGACAAGCUGAGGUGCCAACAGGAGGCUGAGACCACAGCACGCACCAUCUCUCUUGCCAACCGCCUAGUUGGAGGUCUUGCGUCUGAGAAUGUUCGCUGGGCUGUGGCGGUCAAUAACUUCAAGCUUCAGGAGAGGACUCUGUGUGGAGAUGUGCUCCUAAUCACAGCAUUUGUUUCUUAUCUGGGAUAUUUCACCAAACGGUAUCGCCUUGAGCUGAUGGACAAGACCUGGAUGCCUUAUCUCAGCCAGCUUAAGGUGCCGAUACCAGUAACUUCAGGGUUGGACCCCUUGACUAUGCUGACGGAUGAUGCCGAUAUUGCAGUCUGGCAGAACGAAGGGUUGCCAGCAGACCGAAUGUCUACCGAGAACGCCACCAUACUCACCAGCUGUGAGCGAUGGCCAUUAAUGGUGGAUCCGCAGCUGCAGGGAAUAAAAUGGAUCAAAAAUAAAUAUGGAGAUAACCUUCGGAUAAUCAGGAUCGGACAGAGAGGAUAUUUGGACUCCAUUGAGAGGGCAUUGUCUGUCGGUGAAGUCGUCCUUAUAGAAAAUUUAGAAGAGAAUGUUGAUCCGGUUCUCAGUCCACUUCUCGGCCGGGAAACAAUAAAGAAAGGACGCUACAUAAAGAUCGGUGACAAGGAGUGCGAGUACAACCCCAGUUUUCGCCUGAUCCUUCACACCAAGUUGGCAAACCCUCACUACCAACCCGAGCUUCAGGCUCAAUGCACACUGGUCAACUUCACGGUGACACGGGACGGACUGGAGGAUCAACUCCUGGCGGCCGUGGUCAGCAUGGAGAGACCCGACCUGGAGGAGCUCAAGUCAAACCUUACAAUGCAGCAGAACGGCUUUAAAAUCACUUUGAAAACACUGGAGGAUAACCUUCUCUCACGCUUGUCCUCUGCCUCUGGAAACUUUCUUGGAGACAUAGAGUUGGUGGAGAACUUGGAGAUAACUAAACGAACAGCAGCAGAUAUUGAGGAUAAGGUGAAGGAAGCCAAGGUGACUGAGGCUGAGAUCAAUGAUGCGAGAGAGCACUACCGCCCAGCAGCGGCCCGAGCCUCGCUUCUGUACUUUAUCAUGAACGACCUUAAUAAAAUCCACCCUAUGUACCAGUUCUCUCUUAAGGCGUUCAACGUCGUGUUUCAAAAUGCCGUACUAAAAGCCGCCCCGGAUGAGACCUUGAAACAACGGGUCCUAAAUCUGAUUGACAACAUCACGUCCUCUGUAUUCCAGUACACCACCCGUGGACUCUUUGAGUGUGACAAACUCACCUACACCGCCCAGCUUGCUUUCCAAGUCUUGCUCAUGAAUAAAGAGAUCAAUCCUAGUGAGCUGGACUUCCUUUUAAGGUAUCCGGUCCAACCUGGAAUGACCUCACCAGUGGACUUCCUGUCAAACCAUUCCUGGGGUGGAAUUAAAGCUCUCUGUAAUAUGGAGGAGUUUCAAAAUCUUGACCGGGACAUUGAAGGGUCCUCUAAGCGUUGGAAGAAGUUUGUGGAGUCCGAGUGUCCAGAGAAAGAGAAGUUCCCUCAGGAAUGGAAGAAUAAAACAGCUCUUCAAAGGCUAUGCAUGAUGAGAGCUUUGCGUCCUGACAGAAUGACCUACGCUGUCAGAGAUUUUGUGGAAGAGAAACUGGGCAGUAAAUAUGUAAUGGGACGAUCUGUGGACUUUGCUGUCUCUUUUGAAGAAUCUGGAGCUGCCACACCCAUGUUCUUCAUCCUGUCACCCGGGGUAGACCCCCUGAAGGAUGUGGAAAAACACGGACGCAAACUGGGAUAUACGUUCGACAACAAAAAUUUCCACAACGUGUCUCUGGGCCAGGGCCAAGAGGUGGUAGCAGAACAGGCUCUGGAUAUGGCUGCAAAAGAGGGACACUGGGUCAUUUUACAGAACAUCCACUUAGUAGCAAAAUGGCUGGGUACUCUAGAGAAGAAACUGGAACAGCUCGGGGAGGGCAGCCACCAGAACUUCAGGGUCUUCAUCAGUGCCGAACCCUCCUCUUCGCCUGAGGGUCACAUCAUUCCACAGGGCAUUCUGGAGAACUCCAUCAAAAUCACCAAUGAACCGCCUAUGGGCAUGCACGCCAACCUGCACAAAGCCCUGGACAACUUCAAUCAGGAUACCCUGGAGAUGUGUGCCCGGGAGAACGAAUUCAAAAGCAUUCUCUUCGCCCUCUGUUAUUUCCACGCCGUGGUAGCGGAGAGGAGAAAAUUCGGCCCUCAGGGCUGGAACAGAAGUUACCCGUUCAAUACAGGAGACCUGACCAUCUCAGUCAGCGUGCUGUACAACUAUCUGGAAGCCAACAACAAGGUCCCCUAUGAUGAUCUGCGUUAUCUCUUUGGGGAGAUCAUGUACGGGGGUCACAUCACAGAUGACUGGGACCGCAGACUGUGUCGUACCUAUUUAGAAGAGUUUAUCAAGCCAGAGAUGAUGGAGGGAGAGCUGUUCCUGGCUCCUGGAUUCCCUUUGCCUGGAAACAUGGAUUACAACGGUUAUCAUCAGUACAUAGAUGAUGCUCUUCCGGCUGAGUCACCGUACUUGUAUGGCCUGCAUCCCAAUGCAGAGAUCGGCUUCCUCACGCAGACGUCAGAGAAGCUCUUCCGCACCGUGCUGGAAAUGCAGCCCAGGGAUGGAGGCUCUGGCGAGGGCACGGGCAUCUCACGCGACGAGAAGGUGAAAGCAGUGCUCGAUGACAUUCUUGACAAGCUCCCGGAAGAGUUCAGCAUGACGGAGCUGAUGGGAAAGGUGGAGGAAAGGACGCCGUACAUCGUUGUGGCGUUUCAGGAGUGUGAGCGCAUGAACAUCUUGACGCAGGAGAUCAAGCGCUCUUUAAAAGAGCUCAGUCUGGGCUUGAAGGGUGAGCUCACGAUGACCAAUGAUAUGGAGAAUUUACAAAACGCCAUAUAUCUGGACCAAGUGCCUGAGUCCUGGACCAAGCGCGCCUAUCCGUCCAUGUCGGGUCUGGCUAUCUGGUUUACAGAUCUUCUCAGUCGCAUCAAAGAGCUGGAGACCUGGACCUCAGACUUCUCCCUGCCCUCUUCUGUAUGGCUGGCUGGCUUCUUUAACCCACAAUCUUUCCUCACAGCCAUCAUGCAGGCCACGGCCCGCCGCAACGAGUGGCCGCUGGACAAAAUGUGUCUACAGUGCGACGUCACUAAAAACAAUCGUGAGGACUUCAGCGCUCCGCCUAGAGAGGGGGCCUAUAUCCACGGGCUGUUCAUGGAGGGAGCAAGAUGGGAUACAAAGACUGGAAUAAUGGUGGAUGCCCGUCUAAAAGAGCUUACACCCACAAUGCCUGUGAUAUUCAUCAAAGCCAUCCCUGUAGACAAACAAGAAACACGAAAUGUGUACCAGUGUCCCGUCUACAAGACCAGACAGCGUGGACCCACUUAUGUGGGAACGUUUAACCUGAAGACAAAAGAAAAUCCCUCCAAAUGGACCUUAGCUGGAGUAGCACUUCUCCUUCAAAUCUAAACAGUAUGUUAUUGAGAUUAAAUAUGCACAAAUCAUAA